CAGAUAUAGUGCCCUCCAGCCAAGACCCUUCCCCGGUUCCGCGGGCGCAUAUCCGGCGGGCGGCCGGGAGGAGGAGGGUCUCCGCGGCAAUCCCGGGGCGCAAUCCCGGAGGGCGGCCAGGAGGAAGAGGGCGGCGAAGCCAUGCGCGUCGCGGCCACGUCCCGGCCCACCGCGUCCUGGUGGGCGCCGGCCAACGCGUCGGGCUGCCCGGGCUGUGGCGCCAACGCCUCGGACGGCCCGGCCCCCGCGCCGUGGCCGGUGGACGCCUGGUUGGUGCCGCUCUUCUUCGCCGUGCUGAUGCUGCUCGGCCUGACGGGCAACUCGCUGGUCAUCUUCGUCGUCUGCCGCCACAAGCGGAUGCGGACGGUGACCAACUUCUACAUCGCCAACCUGGCGGCCACGGACGUGACCUUCCUGCUGUGCUGCGUGCCCUUCACGGCCCUGCUGUACCCGCUGCCCUCCUGGGUGCUGGGCGACUUCAUGUGCAAGUUCGUCAACUACAUUCAGCAGGUCUCCGUGCAGGCCACGUGCGCCACCCUGACCGCCAUGAGCGUGGACCGCUGGUACGUGACCGUGUUCCCGCUGCGCGCCCUGCACCGCCGCACGCCCCGCGUGGCGCUGGCCGUCAGCCUCGGCAUCUGGGUGGGCUCGGCGGCCGUGUCGGCUCCAGUGCUCGCCCUGCACCGCCUCUCGCCCGGGCCGCGCACCUAUUGCAGCGAGGCCUUUCCCAGCCGCGCCCUGGAGCGCGCCUUCGCGCUCUACAACCUGCUGGCCCUGUACCUGCUGCCGCUGGUCGCCACCUGUGCCUGCUACGGGGCCAUGCUGCGCCACCUGGGCCGGGCCGCCGUGCGCCCCGCCGACAGUGCCCUCCAGGGGCGGCUGCAGGCGGAGCGAGCGGGCGCUGUGCGGGCCAGGGUCUCGCGGCUGGUGGCGGCCGUGGUCCUACUCUUCGCGGCCUGCUGGGGCCCCAUCCAGCUGUUCCUGGUGCUGCAGGCGCUGGGCCCGGCGGGCGCCUGGCACCCGCGCAGCUACGCGGCCUACGCGCUCAAGACCUGGGCGCACUGCAUGUCCUACAGCAACUCGGCGCUGAACCCGCUGCUCUACGCCUUUCUGGGCGCCCACUUCCGCCAGGCCUUCCGCCGCGUCUGCCCCUGCGCUCCCCGGCGCCCCCGCCGCCCCGGACCCUCGGACGCCGCCCCCCGCGCCGAGCUGCACCGCCUGGCCGCCCGCCCGGCCCCCGCCGGGACCCCGAAGCCGGAGAGCGGCGGGGCGGGCCGCGCAGGCUGUGCGUCCUGAGGGAACACGCUGCCCCUCUCCGAGCCGACUCUGGGGAUGGAGAUGGGCCCCGGGGCAACAGGCGCUGCUUG